GGAUGAGGCGGAUGACACAUGACAGCGUGUGUGAGCUUUAAUAGUCAUGACGGUCAUAGCAUCAAUCGUCACGAUUCUUUCGACGCUCAUAGCAUUUUUCCCGUGUGUGAGCGAAGUUGCACUGCGCUCACACGAGAGGAAUGCUAUGAGCGUCGAAAGAACGCAUGAGUACGCCAUCGAUCCCUUCAUCUGUGUGUGUAUGUCUCUGUCGGCGUCCAUCCGACACCGUACAUCCCAACGCACCAAAGCGCCACAUCCCUUUGGAUGCUUGGCUAUAACUGACCAGCGCCAGGCAGGCCGGGCCAGGCAAACAAACAAUCAAUCAAUCAGGAGGGAGGGAGGGAGGGAGGGCAAGACAAGGUAAGGUAAGGUACAUCGACAAGCCAACCGACCGACCGACCAAGCUCGACCAACAGCAGCUUCCAUUCAGCUCACGGCGGAAAAAAGGUCUCUGCUACGGCUACGAGAGUCAGUCAGUCAGUCAGUCAGUGAGUCAGUUUUGCUGAAGCUUCUGGCAGCAGUAGGCAAGAAUGUCCUCCUCGUUGUCGCCAAACAACCGGUACGCCUGCACGACACACAUGGACGGCCGGUGCAUCCACCAUUCAUACACCAUUCAUCCACCCACCGACCCACCCACCUGCAUGCAGUGCUCGAGAGGGAAUCCCAGCGACAUGACCGCCAACACCGAGUCCGCAUACUCGCCACCCUCCCCUCCACCACCGGCACCGGCACCCUGACCGCUCGGCUGCAUGACGGCGUCCCCCUGGCCCCCGAGGUUGGGCGUCGUCGCCGCCACGGCAGUGGCCAACGCCGUCGCGAUGGCGGCCGCCUCGCCCUCCACGUCAAAGGGAGCCGGGCCACCACCUAAGUUGGAGGGGAAGACGAACACGUUGCUUGUGGACUGUGGCUGCUGUGUGGGUGGUGGAGGGGGCCGAGUGUCGACAUCCAUAUGUGACGGGCCGGCACUGGAAGCAGCUGCCGCAGCAGCAGCUGCUGCUGGGACUGGUGCUGGUGCUGGGACUGGUGGUGGUGGCUGUGGCUGUGGUUGUGGCUGCAUGGCGGCAGCGCUGGAAGACGAUGAUGCGACAGCUGGCUGGCCGAGGCUCUCGCGGAGGGCGGCCUCCAACAGGGCCCGCUCAUCCUGACAUGCAAGCAGACAGGUAGACAGAGGUGAGGUGACGCCAGGUGCUUGUCGGUCUGUCGUGUGCGCGGGCGUACCUCUUCCAGGGAGGAUUGGUUGAGCACCGUCUCGAAGAUCUCAUUGUCCAUCUGCACGCACACAGAUGCACAUGAGAUGGAAACAUGACUUCUGCCUCGGUGAGAUGCGGUUGUAGGUGACACACCUGUUGUAUUUCGUUGCCCUCUUUGCGAUGGUACUCCUCGCGGGACGCACGCAGCGCCCUCUCCAUCUCAGCCUCACCUGUCCUCGCGACACACAAACACACAGAAAAACACACACAUCAAUACAUUCAUGUGCCCCUGUCUGACAGUCUGAGGGUGUCGUCAUCUUUGUUGCUCACGUACUUCUGUGCUCGAAUUCGCGUCUUGAUCUCUGAAUGACCUCGUCCAGCUGCGUGUCGUCCCCCUGCACCGGGGCGUGCAGGUCACGCUGACACACACAGACAGACAAACAGACCGGUGAAAAGUUCGACUGCAACUCCCCUUUGGUUUCUCACCUGUCUGCGUCUGUUUCGCGAGCGGCUGAUGGCACGGUUCUCCAAACACUGAAACAACCAACCAACGAAACAACCGACCAACCAUGGGACGAGAUGCCAUCAACGCACUAGUCGGUGUGUCUUACGCCUGGUGCAGCCGUGGUGAGGGGGCGCUGGCCGUGACGCAACACAAUCUGAUGCAGGCACACAUACGGGGUGACGGCAGAGGCGCGUCGGCCCGUGAGUGCGUUGGAUAGAUGGGUGGUUUGUGGUAAGGUUGGUUGACUGACCGAGUUGUAGUGAGAGCCGCCGCGGUAUGAGAGCCGCAUCGGGUGGGGAUUGCAGGCGUUGCACGUCUCGUGGAACGUGCGAAGCGCCUCUGAAUGAAAGGACAGCGGGAGGGGGCAGGCACAUAGAUGCACGUGUAUGUAGCUUGUCCAGGUGUCAAUCAAGGUGGCUACCGUACCGUUGCUGUAUCCGUAUAUUUCUAUUCUGCAGUCGUACAUCUCCGACAUGGCCUCGAUCUCCACGUCAUCGCCCCACUCUACACCACAGUCACCAAACCCUCACACGCGACCAUGACGACAUACAAAUGCCUUCCCCCGCUCUCGCUCCCUGGCUGACCUCCGUCUUGCUUCAUGCGGUGGACGUGCUCUUCGAAACGGUCCGUCACAAACUGCUGGAAAUACUCACGCUCGGCCUCCUGCACACAUAGCAUACAGACAGACAUUUGGCUGAGUCGCUCUCUCGGAGUGGAGUAUCUGUGUGUUGUGUUGUGUUGUGGACCGGACCGACUGACCAUGUAUUCCAUGCACUUGGUGCGGACAAGCCUGUGCAGGUCGGGGUUGCCGUACAUCUGAUCUGCCACCGAACGAAACAGACAAUUGCCGUCACUCGCUGAACCACACACACACACACGUGUGUCGACGGGAGAGGGCAUGAAGGCGAGUUUGUUGACGGAUGGACUUUGUUCCGCCUGAGUUGUUUACCCAUGACACGGAUGGCGAAGCGCUCAUCGAUCCUCGGCUGCCCGUCCCACUGCUGCUGCAGCUGCUGCUGCGACGCCCCGCUAGCAUUGGCACUGCUGCCCUGCCCCCUCCCAGCCCCAACACCACCAACGCCUGACGCACCACUGUCGCGAUCGUCACCCAGACUCUGACAAAUCCACACACAGUGGGAGAGAGAGAGACAUGCGUCCACUCUGCAUUGGAUCUUUCCCUCUCACACCCUCACCUGUUGUCUGGAGCCGCCCCCACCCCCGGCACCAGCACUGUUGCCCCUCCCAGCCCCACCCCCGCCGCCGCCCCCACCGCCCUGACGCAGCGCACACGAGCUCGGACUCGGCACAGCGGCGUUCUGGUUGCUCGCCGUCGAGUUGGUGCGCGAGCUCACACCCCUGCCACCAGCACCCACCCCACGCAGCACCGUCCGCGGGCCGGCAGUAGAGCCGCCACGACGGGCUGUGGGGUUGGUCGAGGGAUUGGCCGCCGAUGCUGCUGCUGCUGCUGCUGCUAGUGAUGACGUGGACACGGGAGGCUGGUUGACUGGCGGUGGCAUGUCGUCGCUGGCGCGCUGGUCCUCGUGGGUGUGUGUGGUGGACGGGCCUGGGUUGGCGUCUGGCGGGGAGAUGGGCCGGCUCAGAUCACCAGAGAAGAGUGAGAGGGAGCCCUCCGUGCCACCACCCACUGCCGGCACAGACACAUCAGCAGCCAUGGCGUCCCCAGACGGACCGGCCUGCAGGCCCGCUGCAGCUGCAGCUGUGGCCGCGGCAGCUCCAUCUGCAGUAGUGGUGGUGGGUGGGGGUGAGGACGGCUGUGACUGUGACGGGUUGAGCUGUGAUGAUCGAGCAAAUGCUAUGGCGUGGCCGGGCGCCCCAGGCCCCUGUGUGGGCGACCGACUGCCACUGGCGGGCGGGACGGGACGCACUGGCACCAUUGGGGCAGCAGAGGGGCCAACGACAGGUGGAGCCACGUCGCCACCUGCAGACGAGAAAACCACAUAUCUUGGUUGAGACGUGUUGUUGUCAGCUGCGUGUAAGCCUACCCGCGGCCGCCUGCAUGGCCUGCUGUGCAUUUCUGGGUGUGGCGGUGACGCUGUGGCCUGGCGACGACAGCGCGGGGCUGGGGGUGCCGCUGGGCGAUCCCCCUCCCCCGCCCCCUCCCUGCCCCCCUGCCGCACCCUCAUCCGUUGUCCCCUCUUUACAGUUGGCCGCCGCUGAUCGUCUGGAGGCAGGCCGCUUGGCCUGCAGCCACUACAGGCGAGGCAACACCACCACAGCCACGCCGACGUCAGUCAAACACACUGGUGGUACGCGUCUCGUGUGUGGGUGUGGGUGUGGUGUGGGUUACCGGUGGCUGUCCGGGGUUCUGUCCGUGGCACUGGUAGGGCGGUCUGGACGGCUGGGAGACGCCGGUGUGUGUGCCGACGGCGGUGAGCCUGUCUGAGUUGGUGGCCACCCAGUCGCUCACUUUGCUGCCCCCCACGCUCUUGUACUUGACCUUGUAUGACUCCUCAUCGCGGCCGUCGCGGCCGACCUCGACGAUGCGCGCCUCCACCCACUGGCCAUGGUGGACGUCACGAUAGUCGACACGGUGGCCCACGCGAGCCCUCAUGCCGGGAGCCCCUACAUCGCAUCAGGAAGGACAACCAACGAGACUCACUCAUGUCAUGCCAUGCGUGUGUCGGUAAGGCAAGGCCCUUAGGGCAUUGUGUGUGUCUUUUGUUUCUCGUGCGUCGGUGGGUACAUGGCUUGAGAAGUCUGUCUGAGUUGACGGGUAUCCAAAUCUCGUUUUGGAUGGGCAGCUUGUCCCGGUCGUGUCGGCGGUUGGCCCCGCCGCUGCCGGCCACGUAGGCCAGCUUGACUGCAGUGUUGUCCUCAGACACCUCCACAACGUGACCCACACGCCAGUCACUCUGCUCAUCCUGAUUGAACAGGGAGGGACGACGCCAGGACGACGAGACGACACAACACACACAAGUCGGUGUGGUCUCGAAGCGACAAAUCGCCUUGCCUUCCCCUCGCUGCUGUCGCCCUCUCUGUGUGCUGUGGGUGCUGUGUCGUGUGUGUGUCAUGCCCUUCCGCACCUGAAAGUCGAGGACCUCCCCCUCUUUGAAGUUCUUAUCGCCUCCCUCACUCCGCAUGUUAACGCGCCAAGGACUCACUAACGCAGGCCGACGGGCAUCCACAAAACCCUCUCACGCUAACCAGCCGGUCUUUGACAGAGGGCGUGGGAGGGAGGGAGGGACCAGACGCGAUGACCAGCGGAGGAAAAAGAGCCGCCGAGGACGAAACGGGGCAGAAAAAGGCUGUUGCAGUGAGAGAGUGACGCGCCUGCGAGGCUCUCUGUUUG